GCCUUGAUGAGCAGGUUGGACCCGCCCCCCAGACUGGCCUGUGAGGCAUAAAGCCAGCGAGGCAGCUCAUGAGUCACCGCCGCUGUCCACCAUGAAGAGAAGCAGCGCCCUCCUGCUAGCGGCUCUCACUGUGCUCUGCACCUGCGGGCUGGCCACAGGGGAGGACAGCGAAGAGCUUUUCAUGGACUUCCUGCAAACGCUGCUGGUGGGGUCCAUAGAGGACCUCUAUGAAGGGCCCCUCAGCAAGUACAACAUCAAUGCAGAUGCCAAGGCAGCAAUAGCCGAGCUCAAGUCCUGCAUAGACAGCCUGCAGCCCAUGCACAAGGCGGAGCUGGUCAAGCUGCUGGUGCAGGUGCUGGGCAGUCAGGACGAUGCCUAGUGGACCCCAGACGUGGCUCCAAGCAGCCAUAGGACCAGCUACACAAGCAGCCAUGACGACAACACCCCUACCACUUCCCUAUGCAUGAAUUUAUCCUCAAGUCAUCCAAUCAAUAAAGCCUCCUGUAGCUCAG